AUGAGAGGUUUACCGGGAGGAAAUCUUUUUUUCUUAAUGAUCUUCUCAAAUUGUAAACAAUAUUUGUUUAGUCGACUUGGUAUUCGUCAAGGAGAAGUGAUUGUUUAUAACAAGACAAAUAGAGAAACCUCCGUUGAUAUCAAGCAAUCUGUCCGUGGAAAGCAUGUUUUCAUUCUUCAAAGUGGUUCCAAAAAUGUGAAUAAUGAUGUAAUGGAAUUGCUGAUUCUUAUCUAUGCCUGCAAGACAUCUAUGUCGAAGACGAUCACUGUUAUGAUGCCAUAUCUCCCGUAUUCGAAACAAUGCCGAAUGCUUCGUCGAUCAUCGAUUCCGAUGAAGCUUAUUGCUGAAAUGAUUUGUCGUGCCGGUGCAUCACGUUUGGUGUCCUUGGAUCUUUACAAGAAGGAAAUCCAAGGGUUCUUUUCGAUUCCUGUGGAUAAUCUCCGCGCUUCACCGUUUCUCCUUCAGUACAUCAAAGAAUAUAUUCCCGACUAUAAGAAUGCGAUUAUCGUGGCCAAGUCUCCCGGUGUAAUGAACAAGGCGACAUCUUACGCGGAUCGUCUUCGACUUGGUGUUGCGGUAAUCCAUGGUGAACAAAAGGAUUCCGAAGAGUCAGGGCUUGAAGAUGGUCGACAGAGUCCACCGCCCAACUAUGCACCUUUUGAGCUGUUUCCUUCUCAGGAACCUAAGCAAAAGCCUCCUUUGACGGUAGUCGGAGAUGUUGGUGGACGUAUUGCCAUAAUGGUGGACGACAUCAUUGACGACGCCCAGUCGUUUGUGGCUGCUGCCGAAGUAUUGAAGACUCGUGGAGCGUACAAGAUUUAUGUGAUCGCGACUCAUGGUGUACUCAGCUCAGAUGCUCCAGCUCUUCUUGAAGCUUCACCCAUCACUCAGGUAAUCGUGACCAAUACUGUUCCUCAUGAAGUACAGAAAAUGCGCUGCCAUAAGAUCAAAACCGUCGAUAUAUCGCUGAUGCUUUGUGAAGCCGUUCGUCGUAUAUAUCACAAUGAAUCGAUGGGACAACUGUUCCGAGACAUUACUCUCGACGACUAG